AAGUCUAGCGCCCCCUGGUGUCCGGUGGAAGCAACAACAGAGGCAGCGGCGGUGCUGGUGAGCCUGACUGAGCAGAGAAAGGGAAAUGGCGGCCGGCGGCGGCUUAGCCUGAUCCGGUGGAUUGCCAGACGGUGUGCGGAGCUGCCGGUUGUGUAUGCGGGGCGGCCCGGAGGACAGGCGGCGGAUAGGAGCAGGGACAGGGGCUGUGGCAACCAGAGAGCCGGAGCCUGCGCUCACCGGCCGCCGAGAACAACAUGGUGAAGACCCGGCAGAGCGCCCUGCAAGGCCCGGACGGGAAGUUCAUCUCCUCCCGGACCCGCUCCGGUCAGAGGAGGCUCUCGGGCAGGACACAACCGGCUAAGAAAGAGGUCUGCAGUGACGCCAGCUUGAGUGACAGCCAGUUAUCUCCUCCAGCCAAGCGAGCUUGUAACCAUGCUGAGCCUGUCCGGAAAGAGAGCCCAAAACCUCGAGCCGCCAAACAGCGGGAGGGAUGGAGCAUGUCAACCAGGAGAUCUAGGUUAUUAUCUCAGUCCGGUGCUACUUUACCAAACAGCCACAGCAGUCUAUCUCUUAAAAGCCGCCGUGUGGAGAAGGAGGGUAAUGUUGACCAUACCUGCAUUAAUGGAGUCCGGGAGGUCAGAAGAAGCUGCAGAUCGAAGAGUAACCGAUUUGAAAGCUUGAACCAGAGUUUGCUGUUUGAUCAGCUCGUGAACAGCACUGCUGAGGCUGUUCUCCAGGAGAUGGACAAUAUAAACAUCCGGAGGGGUAGUAAAUCCAGAGAGGUGGAGCGGCUACGCAUGUGGACAGACACAGAAUUUGAGAACAUGGACAUGUACUCCCGUGUAAAGAGGAGGAGGAAAAGCCUGAGAAGGAACAGCUACCCCAUCAAAACUCGGCAUGAAGAGUCCAGUGAGGGAGAAGAGGAGGAAGAAGAGGAGGAGGUUUCUGAAGAAUCCCAGGAGGAAGGUGAAGACGGGGAUGAAGAAGCCGAGGUAGAAGGAGAAGAAAAUGAUCGGCCAUAUAACUUACGGCAAAGAAAAACUGUGGAAAGGUACCAAGCUCCUCCUAUUGAGCCAGCACAUCAAAAAAAGCGACAAAGCACUUUGUUUGAUACACACAGGUCUCCUGCAAGAAGAAGCCAUAUCCGACGGAAGAAACAUGCGAUUCACAGCAGUGAUACAACUUCCUCUUCAGAUGAAGAACGGUUUGAAAGAAGGAAGUCCAAGAGUAUGGCCAAAGCAAGGAACAGGUGUCUACCCAUGAACCUUAGAGCCGAGGAUUUAGCCAGCGGCAUCUUGCGUGAACGGGUAAAAGUUGGUGCCAGUCUGGCUGAUAUAGACCCAAUGAACCUUGAUCGCUCGGUUCGCUUUGACAGUGUAGGCGGUAUGAGUCAGCACAUUUAUGCAUUAAAAGAAAUGGUAGUUUUCCCCCUUAUGUAUCCGGAAAUCUUUGAGAAGUUCAAAAUUCAGCCUCCUAGGGGAUGCUUAUUUUAUGGCCCUCCGGGGACAGGGAAAACAUUGGUUGCCCGAGCCCUUGCCAAUGAGUGCAGCCAAGGUGACAGGAAGGUCUCUUUCUUCAUGCGCAAAGGUGCUGACUGCCUCAGUAAGUGGGUAGGCGAGUCUGAGCGCCAGUUGCGGCUCCUGUUUGAUCAGGCAUAUGUGAUGAGGCCUUCAAUCAUCUUUUUUGAUGAAAUAGAUGGUCUGGCCCCGGUACGCUCCAGCAGGCAGGAUCAGAUACAUAGCUCUAUUGUGUCUACCUUGCUUGCACUCAUGGAUGGGUUGGACAAUCGCGGUGAGAUAAUAGUUAUUGGUGCUACAAACAGACUUGAUUCUAUAGAUCCAGCACUCAGGAGACCUGGUCGAUUUGACAGGGAAUUUCUUUUCAGUUUACCUGAUGAGAAGGCAAGAAAGCACAUUUUACAGAUUCACACCAGGGACUGGAAUCCCAAGUUGUCAGAUGCGUUCCUAGAGGAACUAGCAGAAAAAUGUGUUGGCUACUGUGGAGCUGACAUUAAAGCACUUUGCACUGAGGCUGCCUUGAUUGCCCUUCGCCGGCGCUACCCCCAGAUCUAUGCCAGCAGUCAGAAGCUACAGCUGGACAUCUCUUCAGUUGUUCUUGGUGCCCAUGACUUCUACCAUGCAAUGAAAAACAUUGUGCCUGCUUCUCAACGUGCUGUGAUGUCUCCUGGUCACGCUCUCUCACUCGUCAUAAGGCCGCUGCUCCAGAGGACGUUCUCGGACCUAAUCUGCGCCCUGCACAAACUGUUUCCUCACGCUGAGUUCAGCAGAGACCACAGAAAAGACGACGAUGCAAGCCUCCUCCUUGAAGACAGCGACGACGAGAACCCGUUGUCCAUAUUUGAUGUGAGUUCUGUCUCAGGAUCACCAAAGAAACAGCCAGCUGCUCCCCACAAGCCCUUCCUCCACUUUACAACUUCAGCUUGUCACCAGCCGACCUCUUACCGGCCCAGGUUUCUCCUCUGUGGGGAGCCUGGCUCAGGCCAGACCUCGCACCUUGCUCCAGCUGUGUUGCACAUUCUUGAAAAGUUCUCUGUGCAUAGACUGGACCUGCCAGCACUUUACUCAGUCAGCGCUAAAACUCCUGAGGAGUCUUGUGCACAGGUAUUCCGGGAAGCUCGGAGAACAGUUCCCAGUAUUGUUUACAUGCCACAUAUUGGCGAAUGGUGGGAGGCGGUCAGUGAAACUGUGAGGGCUACCUUCCUGACGCUCCUGCAAGAUAUUCCCUCAUUCUCUCCUAUUUUACUACUGUCUACCUCUGAAACUGUGUACGGGGAGCUGCCUGAUGAGGUGAAGUGUAUUUUUAGGGCUCAGUAUGAAGAGGUUUUUAACAUUUCCAGACCUAAUGAAGAGGAUCGGUUACAUUUUUUCCAAGAUUUGAUUUUGAAUCAGGCUGCUAUGCACCCUCCAAAACGGAAAAAAGCUGCUUUGCUGUCUUUGGAGGUUCUACCCCCUGCCCCGCCGCCACCACCACGUGAGCUUUCUGAGGUGGAGAAGCAAAGGAUGGAUGACCACGAGGAGAACACUUUGAGGGAAUUAAGGCUCUUCCUCAGGGAUGUGACCAAGCGACUGGCUACCGAUAAGCGGUUUAACAUCUUCAGCAAACCGGUGGAUAUUGAAGAGGUUUCCGAUUACCUUGAAGUCAUCAGAGAACCCAUGGACCUCUCCACCAUAAUGACCAAAAUUGACAAGCACCGAUACAUGACCGUGCGAGAUUUCCUGACAGACGUCGACCUGAUCUGCAGCAACGCCUUGGAAUACAAUCCUGAUAAAGAACCCGGAGAUAAAAUUAUCAGACACCGCGCCUGCACUUUGAAAGACACAGCGCACGCCAUCAUUGCCGCUGAACUGGAUUCUGAGUUCAACAAACUGUGUGAGGAGAUUAAAGAAGCCCGAACCAAGCGAGGUUUGUCGGUGACCAUGGAGCAAAUAAAUCCUCACAGUUCGGUGGCAUGGAAGGCGGAAGCCGGAGCCGCGGAUGUGUUCAGGAAUAAGCACAGGAUUGCAAUGGACAUGGCAAAUCAUUCUGCUAGCAAAUGUACAUUUCAAAUCCGAAAGAGGUACCGCCGGGGCUCGCAGUGGGGCAGAGGAAUAAUUAGGAAAAAGAAAUCUACUUACUUAAAGAAAGACGAUGAAGACUCCAAGUUCCGUGAUGACGAAGACAACGAGGAUCCCUUGGAGAAUGGAGAUUGCCUUGAGGAGAACGGAGAUGAGACUGGAGAUCCCUCCAUGACCAACGAUGAAUCCUCAUGUGAUAUCAUGGAUGGAGAAGUGGACCACCAGAAUGGGACCCUUGGAAAGGGCAUCAGUUUUGUGUCCACAGAGGAGGACAGCUCCAAUGAAUCCAUGUUGGUUAAUAACAAUGUAGCAUUGACAGAGAGAACAGCCUCUUGCAAGGAUCCUCCACUUGCUUCAGACUAUGUAAAUGGUUGUGCGUCAAUGGACAGUAUAGAAAGCACACCUGUGUCAGGUAUUCAUAAUGGAAAUGUGAAAUCUGAUAACCUUGAAACCACAGACAAGGACUCUGAGUCAGGAGCCCACCAUGAUGAACUAGUAAACUGCUUUAGUACAGUAAGUGCAAGUAGGGAUUCAGCACCACAGCAAACCCCAGAAGCGGAUCAAAAUAGCCAAUGUGAGAGAGAGUCUAAUGAUGUGCAAGAAGGUGAAGCAGAGGGCACAAUACCACUCAAAGUUCAGCACUUGGAAGAAAUGGUGGACCCAGAACCACCCCUUCUUGUUGAUCACAAGAGACUUGAGAGUUUGCUUAGCAGCGUGGUGAAAAAGAGCAACAAUUUAACAGUGGAUGAACUAGAACGGUGGUACUCUGCGAUCAGCCAGUGCAUCUACACACACAGAAUGGACUAUGAUAAAACAAGUUUAAUAGAGGAGAUGGAACGGACAGUUGACAAGUUUCAUACAUUCCUGUAAAAGUUGCCAAAACAGCAACAUGUUUUCUGUGACUCCUCUCGAGAGAGCGCAGUCCUCCGAGCGAUUUUGUUUUUAAUUUUAAUUUAUUCCUAGUGGCACCAAGUUCUGCUCUGAGCCUCGCUCUCCAGUAUUCAACCUCACCAUCUGCUGUUCAAUGAGAUUGGUGCUAUUGUCUCAGGUACCUGAUGCCAACCAGCCUACUAGAACCAAACAGAACUUCACCUCACAAGUGGAUAAAAAGAGAAAAAGAAAAUAAAAAACACAAAAACAAAAAUACACCACAGCUUGAAGAUUUGAGGUGCUAAUGGUGGAUGGAUGACAAGUCCAACCUACUGUCUAAACUCUGAUGCUAGAAAGCCAUCUGCACCAACUACCUUCUUCUCAUCUUAGAAGAGGAGGGGAUCAAAUCCAUGCGAUGGGACUGGAAAAAAAAAAACUAAAAAAAAAAAAAAAUUGAAUCGUACAGAUCAUACCGGAGCCUGGAACUUGCAUUUAUUUAUUUUUCUCUCUUUUGUCUUGUUUUUAUGUUUAUCACUCCCCUACACCAUUGGUGGUGUUGUCUCUUCUCAUGAUUCUCUCUCAGAAGCAGUGUGGGAACUGGUUAGUGGCAGCCUAUUCUCUUACUCGAAGCUCGCCCCGCUCUGUGCCUUCUUUUUAACACUAUAUUAGGAUAUUCAAUUCAUUUUGGUGCAUCUUUCAUAGGGAUUGGAGCAUUCGGAGAAAAAAAAUUAAAAUAAAAACAUGUGGUUUGUUUAUCCACGUUCAAGUAGGCAAAUCAGUCUGCCUCCAUAUUGGUUAUAUGAACAUAUCAAUGAGCUACAAGCCAGUUAGUAUUUUUAUUUGAUUAUUUUUUGUUGAGUACUUUUUAAGUGUUAAUACCUCAUUCACACGUAUCAACAUUGUCAGUUUUCUUGGAUACUUCUCUCUAUACACAAUUCAUUUUGUUUUUGGAGGUUUAUUUUCUGUAUUAGGGAUGAGGUUAAUGUUACAGUCCGAAUAUUUUUUGCUUAACAGGAAUAUUUUAGACCGCUCUUUAGUGGGUUGCUUUCCUCUGCUAUACAAUGUGAAGAUGACUCCUCACUAUUGACCUCAGGCAUCACAUCUAAUGUUAAGUCUCAAUGUCUGUGGAGCUGCCAGACCUUUCCUCAGUGGUUUUUGGAAAGGAAACAAUAGGCAGGACAAGUUGUUGUAUUUUUCCUGUCCUGUUUCCCCUCUCAGAUACCUGGUGCUGGAGGUGAUUGGCUGUCCCAUAGAACAAAUAUGCCUGUUGAUAGGAAGGUGGAGAAGGGGGGCGGGGAUAGGGAAUUUGGACAAAAGAUCUGUAGCCCAAAAGACCCUUUAUAUAUCUAUUUUAUAUUUUUGUGGUAUUUAAUCUUUUGUUGGAACUGGCAAACACUGGUUUUGCUCUAUGGUGUGUUGAAUAGGUGCUAUUUGUCACAGUUAUGUUUGAAUUUAUUGUACAAGGUUUAUUUGUCAAAAACACGUCAAAAGUUUUGGUUUGUCAGGGUCUCAUUAGAUCAUUAGAACAAGUGGAGUGAAGAGCUUUUAUGUGCUUCACUCCCCUGCUCGUUGCAAUCUCCGACUGGUUCCAUAAACUUAUGAUGGAGCCUAUCUAGUGCAACUGGAAGGGGAAUCGGAGCAGGCCGGGGAGUAAAUCACACUACGAAAUUUCUAAGUGAAAAAAAAUUACAUUGCAUAUUCCAUUCCGGUGCUGCAGCAUUCCCAUUAUUUUCAAUCAAAUUCUGCUGCACUGUACAUAUUGCUGAAUUUCUGCGGCAGAAAUUCAAAUACCGGACUCCGCCAAAAGAAAGCUCAUGUUUGUUCAUUUGGCUGAAUGCACUUUUCUGUCACUGAAAUUCAAGUUCUGGACUCUGCCGAGAGAAUAAACACAUUCAUUUUUUCUUUUGGCGUAAUCUUCUCUGAUAUGCAUUGCCGUCAAUGCUGAUGGCACAUAUCCGAGUGGUCCUACGCCAACUGAAUCAGUUAGCGCCUGCUGUGCACUGUCUGUACGGAAUUCCUCUAGGUGAACAUUCCAUACUGUGAGAGUGCAUCUUCUCGCUUGUUAAAAUGAUCAGUGGGGGUCUCAGCACUGAGACGCUGGCCAAUCAAAACUUUAGACAAGGUUUUUUUAUUUAACAGGGUCACUAUGAGAUAUGUUCACACAUUGCAGUAAUGCCACAAAAUGUACUCCUUACUAAUCUUGCUGCCUCCAUGUCAACAUGUGACCACUGCAGCCAAUAACAUGCUGUAAUGGGCGCAUUAUUGCUGGAGAACAGACAGAGAAUUUAGGGUUUUGUAGAUCAGACACCGAUGGGCUUUGGCACAGGAGUCCCAGUAGAUUAGUAAGGUGAAUAUACUGCCCACUUAAGAAUAAACAGAAGGGAAUAUUUUAGGUUUCUUCUUGCAAUCAAAUCCUAUUUCCAGUCCAGUAUUAAACCCAUGAGAACAAGUUACUACUUUUUUUUUUUUUUUUUUCUUGUAUCAAGUUAUUUACUUUCUUGUAGCAGUGUUACAUUCUGUACAGAGAUGUUUCAUCUUACCCAAAAACAAAUGCCCCCAGCUAUGGCUUGUACAACGAGUUCACCAUUUGAAAUUGGGCUUAAAAACUUUUGGCAGUAGAAGAGAUUAAAGUUUACAGUAAAGCAGAAUUCAAAUGUUUUCUUUUUCUUUUUGAAAGUAUCUUUAAGCAGCAGAAUAUUUAUAAACAUUGAGCAAAUAAAAAGUUGCUACCCCAGUCUUAUCUAGCACUGGUGACAAUCUGGAUAUGAGCUUUUGGGAUUUUUUGCAGGUCGGCCUCUUAGGGCUACUUUCUAGGCAUGUCACAAAGGCUUUAACCCAUGAUAGAAGAGGUUCUGGUAAACGUUGAAGAUGCCACAGUGCUCAUAUGGGUGCCGCAACCCCUUUAAACAAAUCGGGGCAGGGAGUCGGACCCCACCAAUUUACUAUGAAUAUGCAAUUAGAAAUGUUAUCAGACUGAAUAGCCCCCUUAAGAGUAGAAGCUAUAAUAUGAGAUUGGAUUCCUUUUUUCUUCUUCUUCUUCUUUGUAAUAAAAUCCUAUUAGUAAUGCUUACUAAGGCUGCUUACAUUCAAAGUGUGGACACAAGUCUCGGGCCAACCAUGGGUAAAGAGACCCUACCUGAAAGCAUGAUAGUGAUCUGUGCUGUUGGGUAAUUAGACCUAAAUCUACAUGAAUUUGUAUACAAUCUUGUGGACUGCUGCUAUUAUUUUAAGUUUCAAAUCCAUCAGUUGUUCUAGAAAAGUCCAGAUUUUUUUUUUUUUUUAAUUGCAGUAAAAUAUAUUUUUAGACAAUGCAACAAAACUGCAUGUGUAAUACAACAAGAGACAAGCUAGUUGCCACUUAUACACAGCUGCCGUCUUAUAAAAGGAGGCUGUUCAAGAUGGCACAGGCGCUAUCUAUCAGCAUCACAAUAUAGACCAGGAAGCGUUGAGCAGAUAGAUAUAUAUCUUUAUGGGAAAUUAUUCAGUAGAAUUGAUUGAACUUGAUCUUUCCAUGCUUAGGAGUCCAGUGGGUGGUCCUGUCUUUCAGUGACACUCCCCACUGGACGUCUAACAUUUUAUUUAGUAUUAUCAUCAUCAAAAUAUGUAUACUAUGGGGGAGAUUAAUCAAAACCUGUGCACAGGAAAACUUGCCCAUAUCAACCAAUCAGAUCGCUGCUUUAGAAAGACCUGUGAAAAAUGGAAGAAGCGAUCUGAUUGGUUGCUAUGGGCAACUGGACAACUUUUCCUCUGCACAAGUUUUGAUAAAUUUCCCCCUAUACUUUUGCUAACGUUGAGUAGAGUCCUGUAUCGAACGCCUCCUUUUUUGUUUUAAGCUCCAGGAAUUAACAAGGUUCAAAGCAUUUACCUGCUCAGUUUAUGUAUAGGAGUUUCUUUAAUACCUCCAACCUUUUAUGAAUUCGUUCUAAAAUAAGCCUGAUUGAUAGAAAAUAACUAAUAGACGUGAAAAACAGAGUCUGCUCCUGCCAUGAGACGUUACCUCCUAUUGUGUCAUCAGUUUUUUUUGUUUUUUUUUUACCAGUGGUUUGUAAAAUUUUUUUUUUUUUUUGUAAUUUGUUAAUUUAGUUGCUACAGUAUUUCAGUCAAAAAGGUACAACCUUUCUAUGGUGAUUGUGUUUGUAUGAUAAACAUUCAAUAUUUUUUUCUUACAUUUUUAUACUGACUGUGAUCAAACUGUAAGGCAGUGUUUCCCUCCAGGGUGCCUCCAGCUAUUGUAAAACUACAACUCCCAGCUUGACUGGACAGUCUUUGGCUGUCGGUCAUGCUGGAAGUUGUAGUUUUGCAACAGCUGAAGGCACGGUGGAUAGAAAACACUGAUGUAAGGCUACAUUCAAAUCAGACAAGUUUGGAGGCAAUAGAAUAGUAUGCUGACAUAGAAUAGUAUGCUUACACAUACUGUGGUGUACUCAUGACAUGUCCAAUGACUUCCAUGUACUCAUAGUGAUUAUGUUUAGUCCCUUUUCUAAGUAUAUACAGUUUUGUUUUGUUUCUGUUUUUUUUUUGUCACAGUCAAAAUUGCCUCAGAAAAAGAAAAAAAAUACCUGGGAAUAGAAUAAAGGGAACUCAGGUGGAAAGGAUUUGAAAAUAUUUGUUUUCCACUUAACUGGUGCCAGAAAGUUAAACAGAUUUGUAAAUGACUUCUAUUAAUAAAUCUUAAUCAUUCCAGUACUUAUCAGCUGCUUUAUACUACAAAGAAAAAUGUGCAGUUCUUUCCAGUCUGACCACAGUGCUCUUUGCUGACACCUCUGUCCAUGUCAUGAACUGUCCAGAUUAUAGACACAUAGAAUACCUCUCCUGCUCUGGACAGUUCCUGACACAGACAGAGGUGUCAGCAGAGAGCAGUGUGGUCAGACUGGAAAGAACUUCACAAAUUUCUCUGUAGUA